UCUCGGCGUGCUCAUUUGAAAACGUGCGCUGGACGCGUGCAGUUCCCGAUCGAUCAGUUUCCGUUGGACUAGCCGUGGAUUUGAAAUCGAUCCGAUACGUUUCGGUAUCUCUCCUAUCCUUGCAAACAAACGUGUCCUUUUCAAAAUGCAUCCUGCCUCGCCGCAUCAGCAUCGCGCUCGCCUGAACAUCGGAUCACCAGGAUCAGCUGGAAUACAGGCCUCCUCCUCGACGGAGACAUUUCCAUUGACUCCACAGCAUCAGUCCUCGCAGCACACAGUUCACAUACCGCCACCCACAUCGCUACCUUAUCAAGGACUCAAAACUUCUGAAAACGAUGACAUGGGCUGUGUGGAGAUCCUGGCCACGGUUGUAUCCGUGCUGAUCAUGGUGCUGACCUUUCCCAUCUCGGUGUUCAUCUGCUUCAAGGUGGUCUCCGAAUACGAAAGGGCGGUGAUCUUUCGAAUGGGACGCCUGCGCAGUGGCGGUGCCCGUGGUCCCGGAGUCUUCUUUGUAUUACCCUGCGUAGAUGACUAUUAUCCGGUGGAUCUGCGUACGGUUUCCUUUGAUGUGCCACCGCAGGAGGUGUUGUCCAAGGAUUCGGUAACGGUGACUGUAGAUGCGGUGGUCUACUAUCGCAUCAGUGAUCCGUUGAAGGCGGUCAUUCAGGUGUAUAACUACAGUCAUUCGACGAGUCUCCUGGCAGCCACCACAUUGCGCAAUGUACUCGGCACAAGGAAUCUCUCGGAGCUGCUGACCGAACGUGAGACCAUUUCGCACACCAUGCAAAUGUCCCUGGACGAGGCCACUGAUCCCUGGGGCGUUAAGGUGGAGCGUGUGGAGAUCAAGGAUGUCUCUUUGCCAACGGCCCUUCAGCGGGCAAUGGCCGCCGAGGCAGAAGCGGCAAGGGAAGCACGGGCCAAGGUGAUUGCCGCCGAGGGAGAAAUGAAGUCUUCGAGAGCCUUGAGAGAGGCAUCCGAGAUUAUCUCGGCCAGUCCAUCGGCCCUGCAGUUACGUUACCUGCAAACUCUGAGCAGCAUUUCCACCGAGAAGAACUCAACGAUUAUCUUUCCACUGCCCAUGGAGCUGCUCACGCCCUUCCUCAACACCCAGGCUCACUCCCAGCAGCUGCAACUGCAGCACCAACAGCAACAGCAGCAGCAGCAACAUCAGCAGCAGCAUCAACAUCCUCCGGCUCCUGCCACGCCACUUCAUCGACACCAGCAUCAACAUCACCAGUGACGCUCAAUGUCGGUGCUGCAGCCAUAUCUGGAGGCACUGCAUCGCUGCGAGCUGCGACGUCAGCAGCAGGAGCAGCGUCAAAACGGAGCAGCAAACGGCGAUGAUGAUGACGACAUCGUGGGCUUCUUGCUGUAAGUGAAAAUGGGGCGGCAGCAGCGGCAGAUAAAGUAAACGGUCCGGGGAAAUCCCCUGGAAAAUGAAUCACCAGUAAAAUAUGACAAUCAUUUAAUUGUUUAUUUUUUAAGGGGAGUUUUUUUUAAGAAUUUAACUUGGCAAUUUAUCUAAAUUAUUAGUAUAUGCGUUUUAUAUAAAGUUGAUCUACCAGUUUAUUCCAAGUUUUUCUUUAACUUUUAUUCUUGUAAAACACAAAUUCAUCUUAACAUUAAGACGAGACGUUAAUUUUAAAGUAACAAAUAUUAACUUACUGUUGUACAUUAAGCUUAAAAACGAAGUAAAUUUUAAAAAAAUCAAAGUUAAAAAAACAAUAAAAGAGCCGAAAGAAAAAUUAUAGA